UCUUGCAAAGCCACAAAACGAUACAAGUCGGAGUGUGGCUGAGGGUGACGCGAAGGUGUGUUUCUCUCGCUGUGGAAGGAUGGUCGGUCGGAGUUGGUGGAAGCGGUGUAGAGCAGCAGUUGAACAACACUGUCCAUGUUUCUGUGGGGGUGCGGCGGUGGUUGCCAUGACAGCAUAGUUGUCAAAGUGCCCCAUCGCCUUCAUUUAUUGACAACAAAUCAGAAAUCUUUCCACAUUUUUUUCUUUUCUACACUCUUGAGAAUUCUCAUCCAAAUCCACCUUCUGCGGAAGAAUGCCACAACAUUCUGUCGACCAGACAAGUAUCGUUCUCUCCGCGCAAAUGUUUGAGCAUGGAAGUUUGUAUUCCCACAGUCGGUGUAGUGUUGCGAGGGGAAACAAGACUGAUAGAUAAGGUUGUUAGUGAUCCUGUGUUCCGGGCAGUGCCAAGUAUGACACUGCAACACAACAGUUUUGAAGGGCUUGUAAAAUUGCGUCGCGUUGUGGUGCUCCAGUUGAUAUGGGGACGUUUGUAACUGCUGUGGUUGCUUACGGCGAGGAAGAAGAAGAUUACGAGGAAGAAUGUUAUGAAUCAGAGCAUUUGCCUCCCCUCUUAGAAGACGAGGAAAAUGUGUCCUUGGCGGACAUCCUGUCGCUGCGAGACAGCUGUCUGUCAGAGGAGGAGGUGCUGGCCAUGUGUGUGGAGUGUGUGUGCUCGCUCCAGGGCAUCGCUCUGUCGCCGCUCUUCCACACCCUCUGCAUCACGCCCGACACACUGGCCUUCAACGCCCACGGCAACGUGUGCUUCAUGGAGCAGCUCAGCGACGAUCCAGAAGGCUCCUUUGUACCUCCAGAAUUUGAUAGAACUGGGAGUACAUUUGAGGGUCACGUGUACUCGCUGGGCUGCACCCUCUGCGCGGCGCUGGACUUUGUCAUCGAGCCCGAGCUGAAGGCGGAGCUGGGGCCGGAGACCAAGAGGCUGCUGGAGCAGAUGCAGCAGGAGAAGCCAGAGGACAGGCCUCGUCCGCAGGACAUUCUGUCUUUAGGAGAGCUCAGACUCACAUCCAGCUCAUCGCUGACCAUCUGUCGCAAGCUGUCUUCCAUCGGAAGAAGAGUCCUGUCCAUUGAAUCAGUCACAACGCUUCAAGAUCGAUGGGAGACAUCUUGGGAGAGUCACUGGAGGCAGGUGAAAGCCUGCCAACUGUUCUCAGAACAGUCCUCAGCCGAUGGGUGCAGCGGUUUGGGGCAGAACCACGUCAGCGACCGGGGUGCCACAGCAAGCUGUGCCGACAUCAGCCAGGAAGAGGACUACCAGCCCCCACCACAGUGCCACUGCCCCCAGCCCUCUCCCUGGAGGCUGGGGGAGAAGGAGAGCUGUGAGAACGGCCUGAUGGGUAGAGAAGCUGGAGUCCCUGAGGGAGCGCAGGAGGUGUUCCAGACUCCAGGUGACAGCAGGUCCCAGAACAGCUCGCCCGUGCACUGCCGGGCCCCGGCGAGGAGGAGGCCCCCGUGGGCCGUCCUCCACCGCUCCUGGUCCGUCCCAGACUCGCACGACCCCCCACCGGCACUCUCCCCGCCCCCGCACCCUGACAUCAGCUCCCAUGUGGAUGACCUAACGGAGAUUGGGGCGGACGAACCCAGCGCAGGCCGGCCUCUCGUCUGGAACCAGGUGCUCCGGAGAGGGUCCGCGUCUGCUCCGCCGCCUGAGGAGACCUCUGGACCGCAGGUGUUGACUACCGGUGCUCACGCGCCCGCGAACGGCAGCGGAAGUGGAGUAGCUGAUUGGUCUGAGAACGAGGCCAUAGAUGACCAGACCUCUCCCUCCUCAUCAAGCGCGGAGACCAUUAGAGACAACCACAUGUACAGUCCGAAUAAUCACAUGACUAAAAGCAUGCUGUGCCUCAAUGAGGAAUCUCAGGAUGAGUGGAUCUCCCUGAGGGAGCUGCUCUCACGCUGUGCUCGGCCGCUGUCGGUGAAGGAGCUGUGGGCACUCUGCUACACCUGUCUGGCCACUCUCCAGACCUACAUUGACUUCCCAGCGUAUUUGUGCCUGGAUACUGUGUAUGUGGGCUGUGAGGGUGACAUUCUAUUUCUGAAGCCUAAAACCACAGGAUCAUGUGAUGCCUUUUAUUUGGCACCCGAAUAUUUGGAGCAUGGCAUUGUGACAGAAAAGGCCUGUGUGUAUGGGGUGGCUGCCAUCCUCUGGGCCACAGCCAAGUUCAAUUUGUCCCCUAAUCAAAAGCUGGCCAUGCCCAGAAAACUGAAGAGGCUUCUGCUGGAGAUGGCUAAGAGGACCCCCAUCGAGAGGCCUACCAUUGUUAUGGCAAAGAAGAGCUGCCGUGAUUACCUGUCUCGCCAGGGCACUGCUGCAGAGGCUGUGUGGACCCAGCUCAUCAACAGAGUCCACAAAUCACCCAGUGGCAGACCUGGAGAGGCACACAGCGAUGUGGACAGCACACACUCAGAGGCACAGGUCAAAGCGGCCUUUAAGCCCAUAGCCAGCGAUGGCCACUUGGCUCCAGUCCUGGGCCCCAUUCCCCAUAGUUACCCAUUCACCACGGCGACACAUCUGCCCGAGGCCUUCACCUCUCCUGCCACACACUUCAUCCCCAUCGUCCUGGAGCGGAAUGAGGGCACGGACACGGAGCCACCCAGGGCUGAGACUGGCUCUGAGAUGACUACAAAUGGAGUUCUGACGAGAACUGACAGUUCAUCCCCGGGGAGGCCGGAGGUGACAGCGAUCCGCUCACACGCCUCAGGCUCACCUCUCCCUGAUACAGGCUCGGACCUGACAAAGGCUGACUGGGGUGUGGCUUCCAAAGCGGUGGGCAGGCUUACACAAGACGACCACUCCUCCUCCUCCUCAAGUAGCCAGACUCUUGUCAGUUCUACCCCUCCGGUCCACCAUUCAGCUAAUCAGGAGGGAGACACCGGGGUUCCUGCUCCACCCAAUAAUUGCAUGCCUGUUUUCAACAACUUCCUCCUGCAUCAGGACCCCCAGACAGGGAAGGUCACCCUGGUGCCCGUGCAGAUAGCCACUGCACAGCCUUUCACAGGACUAGACCUUUCCGCUCUGCCCUUGACCACAGGGUCAGUUCAGAGUCAUAUAUCCCAUUCACACAUGUCGGACAUUAUAAACGGCUCUUUGAAAAGUGUAGCUGGAAGUACUGGUGCGACUGCGUCUCAUCGUCAGACCGACUCCUCACCUGGCUGCUCAACUAUCCUCGAUGCAUGUGCUCCGAGAGGAAGACCACAGGUGAGGACCGCUCCAAGCCACCACAAGCCGGACCCUUCUCUUCCCCUUUCCCGCCAGUCCUGCUGUCCGGCUCUGCUGCACGUCAUUACCCUGCUCAGGGAACAGUUUGCCUACGACGGCUACAUGGAGAAUGGAAUUCACGACCUGGCCAUGGGGCAGUACAUCUUCUCCCUGAGGGAUUUGCAGUUUGAGACCUUCUGCCGUGUCAUCACGGAGAAGUUCUAUGACCUGUACUGGGAAGAGGAACUCCUGGCUGUGCUGUACUGCACUGUCAAUUAUGACCUUCUUUCUGUCGUCCGCACAAAGAGAGCCUCUCGAGCCGUGGUUUACACAAGUGAGGGAGCAAAGUGUUCCACCUCCUCCUGCUGCUGCUGCUGCUGCUGCUGCUGCUGCUGCCCAGUGGAGGUGAGAGGUGUCAGGGGCUCACUCGGGGGGCUGAUGGAGGGCACGGGGUCUCCCGCUGAGGAAGCCCCUGAUGAAAGCCCAUCUGAGCCCCUGAGCCCGUUGGAGGGCUGGGAGGAGCUCGGGGGUCCAGGCGGUGGUCUGGCUAGCCGGCUCGGGCUGGAGCUCGACCCUGGCGAUUCGGGAUCGUCUGGCCAGCUGCACCACGACUCCUCUGUGGACAUGGAGGACGCCGACUCGCUGGGCUCCAACAGCCUCGGGGCACUCGGCGGCUUGGCCAGAGGUGGCCCCCACGGGCUCGGCUGCCACAGGCCGGCCUGGGCUCUGGCCCUCCACGCGCAGGAGUGCUUCAACCAGGAGGUGGUGAGGUACGCCGGGCAGCUCGGACGUCACGGCAAGGGUUCCUCGAGUCUGGAGGAGAAAGCCCAGGAUCUUCACCAGCAGUUGACCAUAGAGACCAGAAACAUGAGGAAGACCAGAAAUUUCCACCAUAAGUUACUUAAACAAGAACGGAAAAACAAAGGAUCGGAAGCGAAAGUUAUGCUGUCAAAACUAAAGAUUCAGUUUGAGGAGCAGAGGACCAAAGUGGAGUUUCUAGACGCUGUGAGAAAGUACCUUGAGGUGUUGUGUUUGGACCAGCAGGGUGUGGAUGUGUCUUUGCUGCCUUCUCUGGCCAAGGGAGGCUCUGGUGGCCUGGAGAUUCAGCCUCAGGAUGACCCAGCACUGUUGACUCUGCUGCCCGAGGCGAGGAAGGGGAAAGGGGGCUUGGCAGGAAGCGGUAGCAGUCUCCUGGUGUCAGGGACCCCUCUGGGCCUCAUGUCCUACCUAUAUGCCAGAGAUGCUCACAUCGAGGGCUACAUCCAACAGUUCCUCUACACAUACCGUUACUUCUGCAAACCUGAAGAAGUUCUGCAGUUUUUAAUGGAGACCUUCAGGAGAGUGUCAGGUGAAAAUCAGGACGACCCCUCCUCAGAUGCCACUAAGGUUUUUAACCGCUCGCUGGACCUUCUGCACUGUUGGGUAGAGGACUGUCGGCUGGUGGACUUCCCCUCCAAAUCAGGGCUCCAGCAGACCAUCACCACCUUCCUCUGCUCAGAGGUGGCGCCACUGGACUGCCGAGGAGAGAGCUUGCUUGCUGUGCUCCAGGGUGAGCUGGAGAAGAGAUGGAGCCAAGGGGAGUCUGCUCCCUGCUGGGGCCCAGACUGUGCUCUGGAGGACGGGGACGCCCAGUCAGUUCAUGCCCUCUGCAGGAGGACGUCAGUCGAUGACGGAAGCAAAAAGAGCUUCCAGUGGCGUCUCUCCCGUGUGGUGGAGCCCCAGCCUAAGGAGCCGGUGUUCUCCAUCGCGGCGGUGCUGCCACGGCCCUGCUACUCGUCCCUGCUCAAGCAGCUGGGCCCCACGGCCUGUCUGAGGGCUGAGGAGCGCCUGCCCUUCAGCCAGCAGCAGCACAGUGCACAGCACACUGCCCAGCAGCUUACACUGCUCGAGCAGGAGAUGUUCCACAGCUGUCACCCAGUUCACUUCCUCAACUCACGAGCUCAAGGGGUCAAAGACAAGACCGUGUCCAGAUGUGUGUCUUCUGAAGCGGUGCCUGCGGAGGGCGCCGGUCACGGCCUGUCCGAGGCCUCGCCACAGGAGUCACCUCUGCUUCAUCUGCUGAGAUACGCCGACAGCGUCACCAACUGGGUCUCCGCCGAGAUCGUCAUCUGCGACUCCGUCAAGGUGCAGACAGCUCUGCUCGCCAAGUUCUUGUCCAUAGCUAAGUGCUGCUACGAGUCUAGAAAUUUCGCCACGGCCAUGCAGAUCCUCGCCGGUCUGGAGAAUGUCAUCAUUCGGCAAUUACCCGCAUGGAAGCAUCUCAGUGUGAAAGUGUGUGAGAUUAUUGAGGAACUUCGAGCUGUUCAGGUGUUCCUGCGGAGCGACAGCCUGUGCCUGGUGGAGGGGGAUCCCCUGCGGGUGAAGCCCACUCUGCCCGACGCCAACGUCCUGGCCCUGCACCUCCAGCAGCUGGAGAUAGGAGCCUUCACGCUCACCACCGGUGCCUACAAGUGGCCCAAACUGAGGACCAUAGGUCGAGUGGUGAGCCAGGUCCAUGCGUUCCAGGAGUUUCCAUACCCCUACGCCGCUGACCCAGAGUUCCAGGCCUACUUGCGCGUGCGCAUCGCUCACCUGGGCUCCUGCGACGUGCCACUCCUCGCCGCAGACAACGAGGCCAACUUCCACCAGCUCCCCAGCAGUGACCGGCACUCGCGCCGCAUCCAGGAGACUCUGCGCCGCGUCAGGGCCACCUUUCAGUGAGGCCAUCUCUCCCCUUGCCGGACACGACAGUUUGAUGCUAUGACCCCCAUCAGAUCUGAUUAAAACGAGGACGUGGGGAGCCUCAUGAUUGGGACAUGGUGUUGUAUACCAAGGCCAAAAUGUGUUGGGUUUCAGUGGGUUUUGUGUGAUGUCCCUGGUACACAUGAAUAAAUACAGUACCUCCUGAAUUGGCUGGACUGAGAAGGCAGAGGAGGAUGUGUCCUGGGCCAGUGCAAGCCAGUACAACCGGGCUGACCGGGAGCAAUGUAUCCAACAGUGUGAUGAAUGUUGUUGGCAAGCGCAAGUCUGGUGUAUUGUAAUGUCGAUCUUGACGUCCUACCAGUGUAAAGGGUUCUUGAAAAGGCCACACUAAAUUAUACAAGGUUUUAUUUGUUUUAAUGGUACAGUUUAUAAUGGUUGUGGCAUCAGGAUAGGCUAGUAAAUGUUUCCUUCUCCACUGUGUAGCUAUUUGGAUGGCUACCCAUAGUCACAAAAAAGCAGAAAGCAUCUAAUGGCCUGCUUGGGUGUGUUAACUGCUUCUCUUUCUUUUGAUGCCAAAAAAUGCAUGGAGUGUGAAACAAAAGAGUAACCCAUAUCUAACCACAGUGUUGAAAAAGUAUUUUAAGAUUCUUACGAUUUUAUCCAAUUUUUGUUGCAGGGAGAUGUCUGUGACUGAUGCUAGUAAGGUUUGAAUUUCAUGGGCAGUUACUGACUGGAGAGUGUUCUGUUGUUCAGGUGCCAGAGCGUGCCCAUGUUUUUUAUGAAACUGUCAUUUUGACACUUCACUGCACUUCACAAUCUAUUACAACAAGAAAACAACUUUAUACUUUACAAUUUACUUUAGGUAAUGUACCAAUUCUAAUGUAUGUUAUUCAAUAAUGUCAUUUUACGUACCUUACAAACAUACAUGCCCAGGCAGAUAAAUGGUGAAACAUCUUAAAAGCAUGUUGUUUUUUUUCUAUAGCGAUAUAGCCAUAGCGUGCCAAAUCAUUUGAAUGGCGCCAGAAUCUCUGUGCAUAGGUGAAAGCAUGGGGGGCAAUUUGUCACGAAAUUGUCACAUUCGGAGCAAGGAAAUAGCUCUCUUGGGGGGCUACCGUACCGAGUCUCCACUAAGGCUGACCCCUCCCUUAUUGUUUUCUUGUGGGGGAUCAGUGGCUGCAGCUUCAAAGCGACACAGAUAAAGGCCGUAAUUGGAAAGCAAAAGACGCCGAGCCCUCCAAGGUAGAGAUCACCGAUAAGGGAAACAUUCAACAUGCCGCGGACAGCAUUGUUCUUACUAAACGAUACUUUUAGUGCCAUUGUGUCCUGGCCAUAGGAUGUCACGCAGGUCAAAGGGAUUUAAACACUUUGAGGAGUUGCACACAGAGAGAAUAAACGCCUCAGCGCUUCGCUUGUCUUCACCGAAUCUGUUUUGUCUUUUAAUCUUGGUCAUGAAUGACCCCUUAGUAACCAGUAAGAUAGUAUUUUCUUAAAAUGUCGGAAUUAUAUUUUCCCUGAAAAUGUAUGAAUAAACCAUCCACUAAAUACUGAAAAUCUUGAAGAAAACAGAUGUGACUGAGUGCCUGAUCUAACUGUCAUUAGAAUCACUCACAUCCCAUAGAGGCUAAUAAUGUUAGGUUCCUUAAAAUAUGAUUGGCGUAUGACUUUUUGACUACUGUACAUAAAGACUUGCAAGGAUUUCUCUCUGCCCUUGUCUUUUCCUUCUCCACUGCCUCGACAUUCCCUGAUACCGAAGAGCACACAUAAGCUGAAUUUGCAUUUGAACUGCUAGUCAAUCAGACGUAAUUGUGUGGCUACUGUAAUGCCUUUGAUCUGUGAUGUUUAAACCAGACGAGGCCAAACGCUGACUGAGACAGUGGCGCCAGGUCACUCCGGGGCAUGGAGGAUGUGUUAAUACCAAACCAUUUGAACUGUAUUGUUAUUGCUAUCAGUCAACAAGGAGCAGGGCAAUUGCAGAAUACUUUCGCAAGGAAAAGCCGCAGCAGACGGCUUUAUGUGCAUCUUACUCCGGUCGGCAUAGUUUAGGCCUUAUACAGAAUUCAAUUCAUGGCUAAUGUAUCAGUGAUAUAAGUUUGCACAUCCAGAACAAUAUUUUCAUCGAAAUUUUGAGGCAUGCAAAUAUAUUAUGUGUGGAAAUGUGCGUCAUGUGACGCCAGAAAUCUAAUUG